AAACAAGUCACGUGAUCUACAAACAAAAUGGCGAUGCUUUCUUUGCUGCUAAGGAGAUCUUCUUUGCUAGCUAGACCGUCUUCUUUAGCUGGAAGACAUGCUGUUUCUCAAGUGAGACUAGCCAGCUCACAAGCACCUGAAAAGAUCAGAGUUUAUGUAAAUGAUAUUCCAGUUUAUUGUGAACCUGAAACUACUGUACUGCAGGCGUGUGCGUUGGCAGGUGUUGAGAUCCCAAGGUUCUGCUAUCACGACAGGUUAUCAGUGGCUGGUAAUUGUCGGAUGUGUCUCGUUGAAGUUGAGAAAUCAGCAAAACCUGUAGCAUCUUGUGCGAUGCCAAUAAUGAAGGACCAGAAGAUAUGGACAGACUCACCUGCAACAAGGAGGGCUAGAGAAGGUGUGAUGGAGUUUCUUCUAGUCAAUCAUCCACUGGAUUGUCCGAUUUGUGAUCAAGGAGGAGAGUGUGACCUACAGGAUCAGUCAAUGGCUUUUGGUAGUGAUAGAAGUCGCUUUGUUGAUAACAGCUUUGCCGGAAAAAGGGCAGUAGAGGAUAAGAACAUUGGUCCACUGGUGAAGACCAUUAUGACCCGUUGUAUCCAUUGUACUCGCUGUGUCAGGUUUGGUAAUGAGGUAGCGGGUGUGUCUGAUUUGGGUACUACAGGAAGAGGUGGUGACAUGCAGAUUGGUACUUAUGUUGAGAAACUCUUCCGCUCUGAGCUCUCGGGUAACGUUAUUGACCUUUGUCCUGUUGGAGCCCUCACCUCAAAACCAUACUCCUUCACUGCUCGACCCUGGGAACUAAGGAAGACAGAGUCCAUUGAUGUUCUUGAUGCUGUGGGUAGUAACAUUGUCGUUGACCACAGAACUGGUGAGGUCAUGAGGAUCCUCCCACGUCUCAACGAGGAGGUGAACGAGGAGUGGAUAUCAGAUAAGACCAGGUUCUCAUACGACGGACUCAAGAGGCAGAGACUCACCGUCCCCAUGAUUAAAAGGGGUGGGGUUUGGGGCGAGGCCUCAUGGGAAGAUAAUGCUAAAAGACCAAUGAUAAUAGUUGGUAGUUCUUGUCUUCAAGACGUUUCCAAUGGAGCUGAUAUUUUAUACAAAAUAUCAAAAAUAUCAAACGAACUGGUACAAUCAGAUAAUAAUGCUGAAGGUUGGAGAGUCUUGAAUGUUCUUCAUCGUGUGGCUAGUCAAGUUGGGGCUCUUGAUGUCGGGUAUAAAGGAGGAAUUGGGGACUUGAGUAACGUCAAGUUAUUAUAUUUACUGGGAGCUGACGGAGGUUUAGUAAAGAGAGAGGAUCUACCUGAAGAUUGUUUUGUAAUUUAUCAAGGUCACCAUGGCGACAGAGGCGUGAACAUUGCAGAUGUGAUAUUACCAGGAGCUGCUUAUACUGAGAAAAUGGCUACUUACGUGAACACUGAAGGAAGAGCUCAGCAGACGAGGGUAGCAGUCACGCCUCCUGGUAUGGCCAGGGAGGACUGGAAGAUUAUCAGAGCUUUAUCAGAAGUAACUGGUAAUACGUUAGGUUAUGAUGAUUUGGAGCAGCUGCACGAGAGAAUGGAAGAGAUUGCUCCUCACCUGCUCAGAUAUGGAGACUUCGAGCCGGCAAACUUCUUCAAGCUAGCACACAAACUAUUAAAAUCUAGUGUUUCUGGGUCUACUGGGGCUCCAGUGAGGGUUGAUAUGAAGUCAUUGGAUCAGUUCUAUAUGACUGACCCAAUUAGCAGAGCAUCACAGACGAUGGCAAAGUGUGUAACAGCUGUCAAAGAAGACGAUCAAAAAUGAGAACAAUAAAUUAUUAUACUCUUCGCAGUUUGCACACAUACACACACUCAUAUUAUUAUAGCCUCUUUCAGCAAAGAUGAUAGAUUGUGUAACUCUGUCAUAAACAAUAAUUUCUUAGCUGUAA